AUGCAAUUAUUGCGUAAAAAGUGCUUGUUUUAUCAAAAGAAAGAAUUUGUUCGUUCUUUAUCAGUAACAGUUAUUAUUUUUUCAACCCCGUUUAUUGUUUAUGAAUUAUACUUUUUGUGCAAUGAAAAUGGAUGUAAAUUCUCUCUGAUGUAUAUUUUGGAGUCUUUUUUUCAGAAUGAACCUUUGUUUGAUCCUUUUGCAUUCAUAGUUUAUUUUUUAUGGUGGAUUCUUUUAAUCUCUGCUUGGGUUUUUCUUCCUGGAUAUUUUAAACAAGGAAACAUUUUGGAUAAUGGGGCCCGUUUGACUUACAAGAUUAAUGGAUUUCGUACUUUGAUUUUUGUUUUGAGUAUUUGUACUAUAGGAUUUUAUUUGAAAGGUGUAGAUUUUUUGGAAUUUGUGUGGAGCCAUUAUCUUGGAUUGAUUACUAGUUCUUUGAUAUUUUCUAUAGCACUUUCAUGCUAUACUUAUGCUUGCAGCUUUUUAAGUAAUCGAUGUCUUUCAAAGGCUGGUAAUACUGGUAAUUAUAUUUAUGAUUUUUAUAUGGGUCGAGAGUUAAAUCCUAGAAUUGGUUUAUUUGACAUUAAGGAAUUUGUUGAAUUAAGACCUGGCAUCAUUCUUUGGGUUGUGCUUAACUUGUCGUUUGCUGCCCAUCAAUAUAUUCAUUUAGAAGGACAGAUUACAAAUAGUAUGGUUCUUGUUUGUUUGUUUCAAAUAUGGUACUGUGUUGAUUCCCUUUGGAACGAAGAGCUUGUUUUAACCACUAUGGAUAUUACAACCGAAGGAUUUGGAUAUAUGUUAUGUUUUGGGUCUAUUACAUGGGUUCCGUUUAUUUAUUCGUUUCAAGCACGAUAUUUAGCGUUUCAUCCUGUUUACUUAAGUAAUUUUGCAGUUAUUGGGAUUAUAUUACUUCAAUGUUUGGGAUUUUGGAUUUUCCGAGGUGCAAAUAGUCAAAAAGAUGCCUUUAGAAAGAACCCAGAGGCGUCAAGUGUUCGGCAUCUAACAUAUAUAACAACAGAAAAAGGCAAUAAACUGAUUACAAGUGGAUGGUGGGGGAGAUCUCGACAUAUAAAUUAUUUUGGUGAUUGGCUUAUGGCAUGGGCAUGGUGUCUUCCUACUGGAUUUGAAAAUCCUAUAACUUACUUUUAUGUUGUUUAUUUUGCUGUAUAUUCUCCAUCAUUUGUGCUUCUUUAG